UUGUUAUCUGGGUCCUAAGGCCGAGUGCGUAAAGUCAGGCUUGAAGUAACAGAGAAGGCGCUAGAAGAGCCUUAGUACCCAGUGACUGGAGGCGGUUCUAGAGUCGGGCACGUCGCCGCCUGCGGGGCGGCCUGGAGACGCUGCUGCCGGGUCCGUCCGAGCCAGGAUUUACCAGGCCCAGCGGCUCCGUAGCGGCGGUUGCCCUGAGCGACCUGCUUCAGAUUUCCAUGGCUGCAGAGGUGCUUUUGGAACCUAAUCGGGGCAGUGUGACCUUUGAGGAUGUGGCUGUGUACUUCUCCUGGGAGGAAUGGGCUCUCCUUGAUGAGGCUCAGAGAUGCCUAUACCACGAUGUGAUGCUGGAGAACUUUGCACUUACAUCCUCACUGGGCUGUUGGCAUGGAGUAGAAGAUAAGGGAGCACCUUCUGAAAAAAGCAUUUCUGUAGAAGGAGUGUCACAGAUCAAGACUCUCAAGGCAGAUUCAUCUCCCCAGAAGGAGCAGCCCUUUGAGAAGUGUGGCCCAGUCUUGAGAGAUAAUUUUCACUUGCCUGAGCAUCAGGAAGCACAUCUUGGGCAGAAACCAUACACGUGUGGGAAUCAAUUCUAUAUCUCUGCCAACCUUCAGCAAUAUCAGGGGCAACACAUUAGAGAGAUACCCAUCAGAACUUCUGUGGACACAGCCUUGAUUAUAAAGAGCUGUGAAACCCAUGUGUCAGGGGAAUCCUUUUUGUCUGAGGGAAUAAGGAAAGACGACUUAGCCAGCAUGGGAUUUUUCCAUCAACUGGUCACUCACACUAAUGAGAACCCAAACAACAAUAAUGAGUGUGAGGCUGUCUUUCAUGGUGGGGAAAGGCAUCGGAACUGGGGAGAAGGCAAAAAAAUCCUCAACUGCACAGAUACACUUGUUGAGGACCAACGAGUCCUCACUAGAGAAGGGCUUUAUGAGUGCAGCAAAUGUGGAAAAACCUCUACCCGAAGGUGGAAUCUGAUUCAGCACCAGAAAGUCCACACUGGAGAAAGGCCUUAUGAAUGCCAUGAAUGUGGAAAAUCCUUUACCCGAAGCAACAGCCUGAAGACCCACAGGAAAAUUCACACUGGAGAAAAACCUUAUGUGUACAAAGAAUGUGGAAAAUCUUUUAGUCAAAGAUCCAACUUUGUUCAACAUCAGAAAGGUCUCUGUAGAGAACGGCUUCAUCAGUGUGGUGAAUGCGGAAAAUCCUUUAGCCGAAGCUCCACCCUCAUUCAUCACCGGAGACUUCACACUGGAGAAAGACCUUAUGAGUGCAGUAAAUGUGGGAAAUCCUUUAAACAAAGCUCUAGCCUCAGUUCACAUCAGAAAAUCCACACAGGAGAAAGGCCUUAUGAGUGUAGGGAAUGUGGAAAAUCAUUUAGCUGCAAAUCUAACCUCAUUAUCCACCUGAGAGUUCACACUGGAGAGAGGCCUUAUAAGUGUCAGGAAUGUGCAAAAUCCUUUAGCUGCAAAUCUAACCUCAUUAACCACCUGAGAGUUCACUCUGGAGAAAGGCCUUAUGAUUGUGCAGAAUGUGGACAAUCUUUUACUCAAAGAUCCAUCCUCAUUCAACAUCAGAGAAUUCACACUGGAGAGAGGCCUUAUGAAUGUCAUGAAUGUGGGAAAUCUUUUAGCCGAAAAUUUAGCCUCAUUUACCACCGGAAAGGUCACACUGGAGAACGGCCUCAUCAGAGAAAAGAAAGUGGGAUCUUUAAUUGCAAAUCUAACCUCAAUGAACACCUGAAUAUUCACACUGGAGAAAGAUUUCAUGAGUCUGGGGACAGUGGAAAAUCCUUUAGCCAAAGUUCCAGCCUCAUUCAGCAUUAGAGAGUUCACAGUGAAAAAUAUCUUAAGAGUGCAGUGAAUGUGGGCAAUCUGUUAGCUGCUAAUACGGCCUCAUUCUAUACUAGAGACUUCACACUGGUGAAAGGCCUUAGAUGUGCCAGCAGAUGCAGUCUAGUAUAAUUACACUGGAGGAAAUAAGUUGUGAGGGAGCCAUCUGCCUGAAUUAAAACUCAUAUAUCAGAAAAUCUGCAGUAGGGGCAUUCCCCUCAAGUUCCAGGUAUGUGAGAAUCUCUUAGGAGUUGUGUUACAGUUUCUUACCUCCCAGGACCCUCACCAGCUUUAUGUCACUGCCAGUUCUAUGGCAGAAUUCAUUUCAUCUCUAUCACCUGGCAGGUCCACAGUGUGCAAAAAUUACCUCCCGACAUGCUUAGGUAAGCUGACCUCUGUCCCAUCCCCUUUGUGGAUGGAAGUAAUGAGUAGUCUUAGCUCUUAUGGCAUCCUCUUUCCCUUCUCAUUUCCACAGUAGGGCAUGAACCUCAUUCAGUUUGGGCCCAGUGGACCCAGUCUGAAUUCUGUUGGUGACUUGACAGAAAGGCCUGCAUUUUCAGGGACAUGUUAGUUUCUAGUGAUACUUCUCUUGGAUUUUCUCAGCCUCUAAGUCUGGAGGAACUGGAGAACCAAGCUGGGAACUGCAUGCCUCAUAUUACUUUGCACUUUGCAAUAAUAAAGGCAUUAAUAUUAAGCCCCCUUUGGUCUGGGGGUUCUAUUCACUGUGUGAGGUGAUCUGAAGACAGCUAGGCUAUACCAGCAUUGAGGGUGGCACAGAUUUCAUAGGGGUCAGGUACACUGUUUGCCUCACAUGUCAGUAUGAAUGAAGCAUAUAGCUGUCUUUCUGGUUUUGGCACAUUGUUCUCCCAAAGUCUCCUAGGAAAGACCGCAGAGCUUUGGGGUCCUGACUUGUGGACUGUGUAUCAGCAUUUUUUGUGGACUCAGAAAACACCCUGGGAAGCCAGGAAGUUGUGCCAACCUCUAGUACUUCUGGGAACAUGAAUUGUUAUUCAGAGUGACUAUCACAUAAUGCUUAGCAGUUAACCUAUGAAAGAACCACAUCCCUGAUCCCCAGAGUUCACUAGAUAGUGCCACUGUAAGACUACAGGGCUGGGGGGAGCCCUCUUGGUAAAGUACCCUGGAGCAGAGGAGACUGCAGUGAAGUAGGUGGAGUGUGCCCCUUCUCCAGUUGUAUCAACAGAUGCUCCAGUGACUGUGCAGUAUCAAUGUGCACAGAUGCCCAGAAAUUCCCAGCCUUCAGUCGUGUGUCUUUUGUGACUGAGUUCAUUGUCACAGAAAAUAAGCUAUUGGUUUUCUGGACUCCUACAUCCUCUCUGGGGUGUUCAGCCAAAGCCCCUUGCCACAGAGGCAGAGAAACAGAGAGAGAAAGGAGAACCCUUAGUCCACAGCGUGGCUCUGUGGCCAGCCAGCAUUCCUGUUAACUCAGGUGGGAAGGGAUCUAUUACUCAUCAGUAUUUGCUACCACUAAGGCAAGGCUGCUCCUCCAAGGUCGUCAGGAAAGAGAGGUAAUAUAGGAUUGCCAAGCCUGAUUUUCUGAAAAGAGUGGGAUAUCUAUGUUUUGCUUUUGAACCAUUUUAUAAAUUUUUAUUCUAGUCAUCAUGCAGUAUUCUGUGUCUAUUUGAAGUAUGCAAUUUAAAAUUUACAUGUAAACCAAGAAAACCUCAUCAUAAUCACAAUAAUGUAAGUUUCAGCCAUCAUUGAUUUACCUUCCAAUAGAUUAUUUUGUGUGUUCUAGAUUUAUAUCUGAUUUUAUUCUUAAAAUGUUUAAUUUUUUCUGAUUUUAUUCAUGGUUCAUAAUUAUUUUGAGAUUCUUCAAUUAUUUAUAUAAAAAUAGUUAAUUCUUUUUAUUGCUGAACUAGGUAUCUUUUCUAUACUUAUUCCAUUUAUUUAUUCAUUCAUCUGGUUAAGAGAAUUUGGGUUACUUCCAGUUUUGGCUAUUCUAAGUAAAGUUGAUAGAACAGUUUUAUGUACUUUUGUAUAUAUGUAUUUUCACUUGUCUUGUGUUAAUAACUCAAAGUAUAAUACCUGAGUCAGAAUAGGUGAAUGUUUAACUUACAAAAUGGCUAAAUGGUGACCUUAAAUCAUUGUUUACUUUUAUAUACCCAACAGGUUUAUGUAAAAUGCCUCUACAUUUUUGCUGGUACUUGAUAUGGUCAGUCUUUUGAAUUUACCCUUUUAGUAAGGAAACACAAGGAUUCAUGGUGUUGAACAUUUUUUUUUAGUGUGUUUAUUUGCCAUCUGUAUAUCUUCUUGGUGAAAUAUCUAUAUAUAUCUAUACUUGUUUUAUUUUUUUUCUCAUUUUACUUUUAAUAUUGUGAUUAUUUACCUUUUUAUUAACAAGUAAUCAGCUCAUUUUUGUUCCUUAAUUUCUAUGCAUUCUGUACAAUGUAGUUACCACAUUCACCAUAUACUUACAUAAGUUUAAUCUGCAUUGUUUAUAUAUUCUUAAGCCUAGGCUUUCAAAAACAUAUUAAGUCUUGGUUUGUAGUGUUUUCCAAUUUCCCUUGUAUAAAUACUCUCACUUUGGCCAGUUUCAAACUGCCAACAUGGUUUCACCGAACGUGGAGUUGGGAAGAGUUGCUAGAAAUCCAUCAUUCUAACUCCAGGAACUACAAUAAUCUGUAGGACUCAGAUAAUAGUAAAACAGUAAAAUUAUUAGGAGGUGACAAGUUUUGAAUAUUUGUUUCAUGAAAGUAUAAUUGACUGAACAUUACAUACUGCAUGUGUUCAAGAUGUACAUUUUGAUGUUUUGAUACACACUUAAAACACCCCUGAAACCAAAAUAUUCAUUGGAAACAAAAGACCAUCUACUGAUAUAUUAAUGACACUUAUUCAGUUAAUAUUAGUGACACUCAGUUAAAUUAUUCAGUUCACUAUCUCAGUUAUUCAAGAAGAAAAAAGCAGAGCAUGCGGGAUAUUUCAAGUACAGGCAAAUGUUGAGGGAAAAAAACAAAAAACCAAACUUUUAAAUUGUUUUUCACACAAGGGAUCAGAAAGAAUGCUUAUUGGGAAUUCCCUGGCAGUCUAGUGGUUAGAGCUCCACACCUCCAUUGCAGGGGACACAGGUUCCAUCUUUGGUUGGGGAAUUAAGAUCCCGAAUGCUGUGCAGUGCAGGCAAAAAAGGAAAAUGCAUAUUAAAAGUUGAGAUGCAAAACAAAAAAGAAGUUGAGAUGCAAUUUUCUAGCAUUUUAUUUUGGAGUCAAAACCACACUGUUAAAAAAAAAAACCAUACUGUUUCCAGUAUGAAUCCUUUGAUAAUUUGUGUCUGUGUUCUUGUUGAGGGAAAAGCCCUGAGUAAUCCACCAUAAUUCAGAAUAAUUGGGGUUCUAUAAAGGGAUUGGGGAAUUUCAGUACAUUUAAAAGCAAUCAGAGGGAGCAUGAAAGUGAAAGUGAAGUCACUCAGUCGUGUCCGACUCUUUGUGACCUCACGGACUGUAGCCUACCAGGCUCCUCUGUCCAUAGGAUUUUCCAGGCAAGAAUACUGGAGUGGGUUGCCAUUUCCUUCUCCAGGGGAUCUUCCCGACCCAGGGAUUGAACCCGGGUCUCCUGCAUUAUAGGCAGAUGCUUUUACCGUCUGAGCCACCAAGAGGGAGCGUAGUUAUAAUUUAGUGUUUUUAGCUCUAGACAUUCUCAAUACUAUCACCCAUACUUAACAGAGGAGCAAAUUUUAGGCCCUAAUUUCUGAAGUUAUCCAGUGCAUAUAGACUAGGAUUUAUUGAAGACUGUAUCUCUCUCUUUCUCACAUAUCAAUUGUCUAUAUUUGGUAAAUACUGUAAUCACAAAUAUAAUUAGCGCUAAUGUUUUGGGAAGAAAAUAGUUGCCUAUUUCAGGGCUGGGUCUUGAAGGGCAUGUUUCACAAGCUACAACCAUGCAGCUGUAUGCAGGCAUCUGUGUGUGCUAAGUCACUUCAGUUGUGUCCCAUUCUUUGUGACCCUGUGGGCUGUAGCUCACCAGGUUCCUAUGUGCAUGGAAUUCUCCAUGCAAGUGGGCAGCUGCCCUGCUUUUCUCCAUGGGGUCUUCCCAAUCUGGAUUGAACUUGCGACUCUUCUGUCUCCUGUAUUGGCAGGCAAGUUCUUUACCACCUUCUGGCAGGGGCUAAAAUAGCACAAUGGAAAUAAAUCCGACAGCCAGGAGGUCAGAUCCAGAGAGGGAAAACAGAUGCCACUGUAAGUGAAUCCAAAUGUCACUGAAAGGAUUCACAACAAUAAUUGAUUCAUUUCAUACUUAUACAGAUGGGAAGGAAAAUAUUUGUGUUAGAUUUAUCCUCAUCUGUGUUUACAUGAUCUUUUCCAAAUAAUUUUAAGCACAAAAUAGCAAAAGGAAUUAGUAGACAAAAGUAACACAAUUUGGCCAAUUACAUGAGAAAAGACCAGAAAUCAUCUGGAAGACAUAACAAAAAAUUAUCUUUUAUAUAAAAAUGAGGUUCAUUAGCAUAAAGUGAGAAGUAACCAAUUUUGUUUACAUCUGAGACACCACCAUAGAUGUUAAGUAUCCUGGGAGGGUUGGCAUCUUAUGGUGGAUUACAAUACAUUGAUCCCAUCCAUUGAGGCCCCUAUACCUCAUGUAACUCAAAUGAACAUGCCAUUCAGUCUUUAUAGGUCAAUACUUUACUGUUAUAUGUAUUGUUUAGUCACUCAGUCAUGUCCAACUCUUUGGCAACCCCGUAAAUGUAGCCUGCCAGGCUCCUCUGUCCAUGGGAAUUCCCAGGCAAAAAUACUGGAAUGGGUUGCCAUUUCCUUUUCCAGAGGAUCUUCCCAACCCAGGGAUCAAAUCUGUGUCUCCUGCUUUGCAGGUGGGUUCUAUAUGAAUUGUAAAUAAUCACAUGAAAAUAGCAUCAUUAUUGUUUAAGGAAAUAUGAGUGAAAACCACAGUGAGGCCCCUCUGCACACUCAUUUUCAUGGGUAACAUUAAAAGACUGACAAUAUCCUGGUGUUGAAGAUACGAUACGAAGAAAAGCAGAACUCAUACAUUGCUGGUAGGAAUGCAUAGUCAAAAACUUGGAAACACUAGCGGUUGAUAAAGUUAAUCAUCCACUUAUUCCUCACUAUAAUUGAAAUGGAAACCCUGUGUCCACAGAAAUACUUGUAUGUAUUCGCGCAUUUGGGCUUCCCUGGUGGCUCAGUGAUAAAGAAUCCAUCUGCCUGGAGACUCCCAUGGACAGAGGAGCCUGGUAGGCUACAGUCCAUGGGGUCGCAAAAGAGGCAGACGUAAGUUAGUGACUAAACAGCAAUUCUUACAUUUCCAGGAACUUUAUUCUUCAAAGCCUACAACUAGGUAGCAAAAACAAACAUCCAUCUACAGAUGGAUGGUUAAGAAAGUGUUAUAUUUAUCAGUAGAGUACUCCCCAUCAAUAUGAAGAAAUGAACUACUGACACAAGGGGGAAAAAAACAUCAGUUUCAAAGCGUUAUAGUAAGUAUGGAUGUGUGCGUCAUGUGUAUCCACCACUGCCAUAGACUAAAAGCCUACUGAGGUUGGAUGUUCACAUCUAACAGGAAAACGAAGGCCUGGGAUCUGGCCCUCAGCUGCCCAGUUCUGAGGGGCCACCCCAGGUGACAUAACUGAAGAUUUGCUCCUCACCUGGAGACAGGCUGGGAUGUAGGACCUGAAACCCUUUGCUGCAGUGCUUGCACGGACAAACAUCUCCUUGAAUGGCAGAUACAAAGAAGCUUUAAGGGACUAAAAAUAACUCCAUGCGUGGGCAGUUGGGGCAAAUGAUAAACAAUAAAAUACAAAAAGGCCCAAAGCCAACUGCCAGCUUUGAGGUACCUGCAUGCUAGGAGCAAAAGCUAAAUUACAGGAAGUACUACACAUGAUCCCUGCACACAGUACCUCCACAGAGGGGUGGGCAGACCCCCUGAUCUGCCCCUGCCCUCGCUGCAUUUAAGGGACCUGCUUGCCCCUCCUCCGGGAGCCAGCAAGGGCAUCUGCUCCCUGUGCUUGCUCUGUUGUUCUGUGACACAA